AGAGUCAAAAAAAUCAAGAUCAAAGGCCAUUUGUGAACUUAACCCCUCCUUUUCACUUUCUUUUUCCACAAAAAAAAACUCAUUUUUCUUACCCCUCUGUGUCUUUCCCCUUCUCAGUUCUCCCUUCAAUAGAAACAACAUUCAACAUUCGAGGCAACCUCACACAAUUUUCCAACACAAAUGUUAAGAGUUAGGAUUUUCAAGUCUUUCACAUUCCUCCUAUCACCCCAUCGUCAUAUCCAAACCUCAACAACCACCAAUACAAUCCAAUUUGCACCUCAACUCCAAUCUCCAAACCCCAUUAAACCAGUAAAUGAAUCCCACCUCUUAAGAGUCUGUACAAUUCUCUACCAACAACAACACUCAUCUGACCAAAAACUCCACAACAACCUUAAAAAAACAUCCUUUGACCUCACCCAUGAAUUUUUCCUUCAAGUAUGCAAUAAAUUCCACUAUUCUUGGAGACCUAUUUACAAAUUCUAUCAAUUUACCAAAACCCAACCUCAGUUCACUCACACUCCUACAACCUUCAACAAAAUGCUAGAUGUAAUUGGAAAAUCAAGAAACAUUGAUCUUUUCUGGGAAGUCCUUCAAGAAACUGGAAAAUAUCAAUUGGUCACACCUAAAACUUAUAUAGUUGGGGUAAAGACUUUAGCUUUAGCUAGGGAGUUGAAGAAAUGUGUUGAAGUUUUUCAUUUAAUGAAUGGGUUUGGAUAUGUGUAUAGUGUGGAUGUAUUGAAUAAGGUAGUUGAGGUUCUUUGUAGGUCUAAACUUGUUGAGGAGGCUGAACAUGUUGUAGUGAAGUUGAAAGAUUGGAUAAAGCCAAAUGGGGUUACUUAUAAAUGGCUGAUAUAUGGUUUUUGUGAUGUUGGUGAUAUGAUUGAAGGUUCAAAGAUUUGGAAUUUAAUGGUUGAUGAAGGUUUUGAACCUGAUAUUGCAUCUGUUGAGAUUAUGAUGGAGACCCUUUUCAAGAAUAAUAAGUAUGUUGAAGCGUUGAAGAUUUUUCAAUCGGUUAGAGUAAAUAGGAUGAGUGAAUUAGGGGUUGAGACUUACAGGUUGGUGAUUAAUUGGUUGUGCAAGAAAGGGAAACUUGGAGGGAGUUAUGUAGUGUUUGAAGAAAUGCAAAAUAGAGGGAUUAAACCCGAUAAUUUUAUAUUGGGAUCGAUAAUGUAUGGGCUUAUGAGUAGGGGACGGGUUAUGGAGGCGUAUAGGGUUGUCGAAGGAAUAGAGAAGCCUGAGAUAAGUGUUUAUCAUGGGAUGAUCAAGGGGUUGUUGAAGUUGAAAAGGGCAAGUGAAGCGACUCGAGUGUUUAGGGAGAUGAUAAAUAGGGGAUGCGAGCCGAUAAUGCAUACGUAUGUUAUGUUGUUACAAGGGCAUUUGGGGAAGAGAGGGAGGAAAGGAUCGGAUCCUCUUGUGAAUUUCGACACCAUUUUUGUAGGAGGUUUGGUUAAGGCAGGGAAGACGUUGGAGGCGAAUAAAUAUGCGGAGAGAUUACUGUACAGAAAUGUUGAGGUGCCUAGGUUUGAUUAUAACAAGUUUUUGCAUUAUUAUUCCAAUGAGGAAGGUGUGGUUAUGUUUGACGUGAUGAGCAAAAAACUUAGAGAGGUUGGGCACUUUGAUUUAGCUGAUAUAUUUGCUAGGUAUGGGGAGAAAAUGGCAACUAGGGAUAGGAGGAGAAUUAGAAAAACAGAGUCAUGACUGCUAUGACACCAUGUUGUAGUUCCAUUCCCAUGAUUGCAACCUAUACUUGCUGGUUUAGCUGAAGCUCCGUUCCUCUAUCAAUCCACUUGAUCAAACAAACAACAGUUGAGCGAUGCUUGAGUAUGAUUGAAAUUCUAUAGCUGGGAGCUUGGAAUUGGCCCAAGUAAACACCAGCUAAUGUCUUAUAGCGCGCUUCCUUUCUUUUGGUAGUUGCACUUGGGACCUUAUCCGCAGAAUGUGCAUAAUUCCAAAGGGAAAAGGAGAGGAGAGAUUGGCACAAAAAGUUCUUCAUACCGGCAACCCAAGAACUUAGAAGUUUAAGUGAAUGAUCAAAGAUGAUAAUUUCUGAUUGUCAAGCAACUCCCCCAAGGACAUAGAAAGAUAGCAAUGAAGAUGCACACUGAAAUGUUAGUCACAAAUCCAGGAUUACCAGUAGAUUCUGAUUCUUAGAGCUAUAAAACAAUGUGUAUCUCGGGAAACUAUUUAUAAUUGAUUCUUACAUUUUGGGACAAAA